UGAAUCAAACACCUGAAGUCACUGAUUAACAGUUUGUUCCUGUGCAAGAACCCUGUUUGGAUCUGCAGUCGUCACCAUGGCAAGACUCUUCCUCCCCACAGCUCUGGGGCUUCUGCUGACGCUGCACAUCGCAUCCUCCACCAAGCUGGUAUGUCACAUGACCAACUGGGCGCAGUACAGGCCCGGCGCCGCCAGGUUCACCCCGGAGAACGUGGACCCCUUCCUGUGCACGCACGUGGUUUACGCGCUCGCCACCAUCAACAGCUACAACCAGAUCAGCACCAUCGAGUGGAACGACGAGCAGUAUUACAGGAGCCUCAACAACCUCAAGAGCGUGAACCCGGACAUGAAGACGCUGCUGUCAGUCGGAGGCACCGUGUACGGAGUCAGCCCGUUCAUCGCCAUGGUCGCCAGGCCCGAGAGCCGCCAGGCCUUCAUCGCCUCGGCCAUCCGCUUCCUGCGAGCCCACAGCUUCGACGGGCUGAACCUGGACUGGCAGUACCCCGGGCACAACGGCAGCCCGGCCGACGACAGGAAGAGGUUCACUGAGCUGGUUCAGGAGCUGGCCCAGGCCUUCGCAGAGGACGCCCGCGACACGAGGAAGACGCAGCUGCUGCUCUCCGCCAACGUGGCCGCCUUCGUGCCCACGGUGGACCGAGCCUACGAGGUCCACCAGAUCGCCCCGCGGCUGGACUUCAUCAACGUGAUGACCUACGACUUCCACGGACACUGGGAGCCCGUCACGGGACACAACAGCCCGCUGUACCCCAGCAGCCUGGACUCUGGCUCACACCUGUACCACAACAUCAACACCUCCAUCUCUCACUGGAUGGGUCUGGGAGCGCCGGCUGCCAAGCUGCUGCUCGGCUUCCCGACAUACGGUCGCACCUUCCGCCUCUCCACCGGCGCCAACGGCCUGGGAGCGCCGGCCAACGGUCCCGCCGACGCCGGGGCCUACACCCGCACCGCCGGCUUCUGGGCCUACUACGAGGUGUGUGAGUUCCUCCGUCAUGCCACCAGCACAUGGAUCUCCGAGCAGCACGUCCCGUACGCCACAUACGGCAGCGCCUGGGUCGGCUACGACAGCGAGCAGAGUGCCGCCGCCAAGGUGGCGUACGUGAGCGGCCGCGGCCUGGGCGGCGUGCACGUCUGGACACUCGACAUGGACGACUUCGGCGGCAGCUUCUGCUCGGAGGGCCCGUACCCGCUGAUCCACCAGCUCCGGACCUCCAUGGGCUUCCCCCCUAAGCCCACUGCCCCCCCCGUCACCACCACCACGGCCGACCCGGUCACCUCCUUCUGCUCGGGCCGACCCGACGGCCUGUACGAGAACCUGGCCGACAAGACCACCUACUUCCAGUGUUUCCAGGGCAACACCUACCUGCACCGCUGCCAGCCCGGCCUCAUCUUCUGGGACUCCUGCAAGUGCUGCAACUGGCCCUGA